CCCCCCACACACACACACCUGGCCCCGUCGGAGGGCUGCCCCUCAUGGCCGAAGUGAAGGUGAAGGUACAGCCGCCUGACGCGGACCCGGUUGAAAUAGAAAACAGGAUUAUAGAAUUAUGCCACCAGUUCCCUCAUGGAAUUACAGACCAAGUAAUUCAAAAUGAAAUGCCUCAUAUAGAAGCCCAACAACGAGCUGUGGCCAUCAAUAGACUAUUGUCCAUGGGUCAGUUGGAUCUUUUAAGGAGCAGUACAGGUCUCCUGUAUAGAAUAAAGGAUUCUCAGAAUGCUGGUAAAAUGAAAGGAUCAGAUAACCAAGAAAAACUAGUAUAUCAAAUAAUAGAGGAUGCUGGAAACAAAGGAAUAUGGAGCCGAGAUAUCCGAUACAAAAGUAAUUUGCCAUUAACAGAGAUUAACAAAAUCCUAAAGAAUUUGGAAAGUAAAAAGCUUAUCAAAGCUGUUAAGUCUGUGGCCGCCUCAAAAAAAAAGGUAUAUAUGCUGUAUAACUUGCAGCCAGACCGUUCUGUAACCGGUGGAGCUUGGUACAGUGACCAAGAUUUUGAAUCUGAAUUUGUGGAAGUGCUUAACCAACAGUGUUUUAAAUUCCUUCAAUCCAAGGCAGAAACAGCACGAGAAAGCAAACAGAAUCCAAUGAUCCAAAGAAACAGUUCGUUUGCCUCGUCUCAUGAAGUUUGGAAAUAUAUCUGUGAAUUAGGGAUCAGUAAGGUAGAGUUGUCCAUGGAGGAUAUUGAAACCAUCUUGAAUACACUCAUCUAUGAUGGGAAAGUGGAGAUGACUAUCAUUGCUGCGAAAGAAGGCACGGUUGGCAGUAUUGAUGGACACAUGAAACUGUACAGGGCAGUCAAUCCGAUUAUCCCUCCCACAGGUUUGGUCCGAGCUCCCUGUGGACUCUGCCCAGUUUUUGAUGACUGCCAUGAAGGUGGUGAAAUUUCACCAUCAAAUUGUAUUUAUAUGACAGAGUGGCUUGAAUUUUAAUGGGAUUCAUUAAAUUCCAUGGCAUUUUACAAAUGAAGUUACUUUGGAAGAAAAUAAUUUGACUCAUGAUGGAUCACCAAAUUCCCUGGGAGCAAACUAUAGUAUUGGAUAUCCGAUUUGCUGCUAUGAAGAAUGGUCUUUGUUUAAAAUCUACCAAGACUAAAUUUUAUAUUGGUAGAAUAACCAACAGUAAUGGGCAGGUAAGUUAGUAGUGAAAUCCAUUCUUCAAUAAAUAAUAUGCUUGUAAGUUGUGGAGGAGGACUCCUCUGAAGCUUUUGAGUCUACACACUUCAAGAAAAAAGAAGCUGAAAGUCACCAUUUACUGAGUUCUGUUGUAAUGGCUAGGAUUUAAAAUGCACAUUUCAAGUUUAAGAUUUUCAUUGGAAAUUUUAUUAUUUGGUUCAUUAUCACUUUCUCUGUUUCUCAGAAGUUUCAUUAAGAUUAAAUUAUAAGUGGUAAAUCCAGGAAUAAUGGGCGCGUAUGCAAACUUGGGGAAGGAGGGAGAGAAAUGAAUGGAAUAUCCUUUUCCACACUUUAAUUUCUUUUUUAUUUGAAAUACUUUAUGAGUAUUAUGCCACUGUAUUUACCAUGUUUCACCACAUAAUCAUUUCACUGCAUGAUUGUAUCCUGUGUUUUCAGGAAUACUGACAAAAUUUUAAGGGGCUGGAAAGAUACAGCAGGUAAGGCACUUGCCUUACAUGCUGCCAAACCAAUUUUAAUUCCUGGCACCUCAGAUGGUCCCCUGAGCUCUACCAGGAGUGGUUUCUGAUUGUAGUCAGAAGUAUAGGCCACCAGUUGUGGCCCCAAAACAGAAACAACAAAAAUUUUUACAAGCCUUACAUACAUAAAACAAACCCCAAAAGCUCCACAUAAUACACAUGAUUAUGCCCCACUUUUUGUUGCAAAAUAAACAACAAAAAAAUUUUUAAUAGCAUGAAAUCUGUGACAAUAUUCAGUGAAAUACAAGAUCACAAACUCAAGUGGUAACUGUUGUCAGGGACCUGUUUCCAUUGUGUAAAUUUAGUGGGCGUAUUUCUACCUAGCCUUUGUUAGUUUUACAAGUCUCACUUUAUGGCUCACCUGUAUUAUUUCCCCUCGCUCCCCAGACUAUCAUCCUUUAAAAUGAAUACACACAAAAAUAGAUAUUUCUUGAAGUCUGUCAAGACCCACGUAUACUUAAUAAUAACCCAUAAAGCAGCAUAUUUAUAAGAGUGUAUGGCAUAUAAGUGUGGCAAAUUUAUAAAAUGCCAUGCUUCUAUGAUUUAAAGGAUAUUUAUGUGCUGCUUUUCCCCUUGAAAUUCCUUGAUUUCCAUUUGGAGAAAUGAGCUUUAAUAUGUCAUUUUUAUUCUGACCAACUCAGUAAACUAGCCAUAUAAGUAAUUUUAGGUUUUUAGUUGCUUUUCCUUUAUUACUCAUUAUUAGAGGGUGAGGGAAGGAUAUAAAAUAUAUGUUGCAUAACUACUGCUAUCCAGUAGAACUUUGGAUAAGGACAGAGUGAAGAACUGAGUUACUAUUAUGGGGGCUGCAGCAAUUGUGGGGGAAGGUAUACGAACUGGUGGAAACCAAGCCAGGACCAAUCCCUGAAUUUUUAAUUUUAUAACUCUUAUGGUUACUGGUUAUAAUAUUGUGAGGAACAACUUAACAAUCACAUAAAUGUUUAUUAAUUUUUAUGGGAAUAAUAUAAAAUUUAUCCUCAAUUGUUUAUAUGUGUUUUUUCCUAUGGAAGAAAAGGACAAUAAAGUGUUAACACUUAUCUGUACAAGCGUGUCUUUGUUUGAGAAAGGUCUUAAGAAAAGAGUUAGUAGAGCAAUUACUAUUUCCAAAUAGUUCAAGUAGAAUCAGACUUUAAUUAAAGUUAAAUGAAUGCUAAGGAGCCUCUUUAAGGAAGACAUUCAACUAAUUUAUCUAAUUUGAUUUUAAGUUACCAUAUUGUUUUAAUAUUAAUUAUAUUUUCAUUAUGAACACAUUUAAUAUGACAAUUUCAAAUAACCAUUAAUGUGUAUGAAAUUAAAAAGAUUUCUACCAAAACAAACCUACCAGAAUCUUCAUUCUCUAAAGAUAACUACUGCUGAA